UCCACACUCCUCAGCUGCAGCAGCAGCCCCCACUCCCUUCUUCUUCAUCGAGAGCUUCUUCAGAGAAACGGGUAUUUCCCCAGAGCCCUCCAAAGCCUCGUGAAUUCAAAUAGCGGCCCCAUUCUUCUUAAUUUUUGUACUUUUUAACCCCAAAAAAUUGAAAAAAGGUAAAAUCUUUUACCUCUCUGGCCUUCUCACAUGGGAUGCUGAUUUCGCUUCCGGCACCAUCAGUUUGGAGUCAUCAUCACAUAGGCAGAUUUGAACUGGUUUUUCACUUGGGUUCACUCAAUAAGCAGAGAACUUUGAUGGGUCAGAUCUGAAAUCAAUGGUGUUUAUGUGUAGAAGCUUGAAAAGAUUAAAACUUUGCAGGAACAGCUCGCUUUCUGCUUCAAGGGUUUGGGAUUUUGGUGUGAGGGUAGUGAGGGAAAUGGCGGGUCAUGGCAUUUUGUUUUGGAUUUUGCUUUUGGGUUUGAUUUUCUUGCAAGGAAAUGCAAACCCAGUUGAAGAUAAGCAGGCGUUGCUCGAUUUCGUGAACAAUUUCCCUCACUCUCGCCCUCUGAAUUGGAACCAGAGCAGUUCUGUGUGUGACCACUGGACUGGAGUGACUUGUAGUGAGGAUAAGUCUUAUGUCAUAGCUGUCCGAUUGCCCGGCAUUGGAUUUACCGGCCAGAUACCGGCCAACACGCUUAGCCGCCUCUCGAGGCUGCAGACUUUGAGUCUUAGAUCCAAUGUGAUUAAUGGGGAGUUCCCUUCUGAUUUCUCCAAUCUGAAGAAUUUGUCUUUUCUGUAUCUUCAGUUCAACAACUUCUCUGGGCCAUUGCCCUUGGACUUCUCGGUUUGGAAGAACCUCACCAUUGUUAAUUUGUCUAACAAUCACUUCAAUGGGAGCAUUCCUUUUUCGCUCUCCAACUUGACUCAGCUUUCGGGAUUGAAUCUAGCAAACAACUCGCUUUCGGGUGAAAUCCCUGAUCUUGGACUACAUAAAUUGCAGCAGCUUAACUUAUGUAACAACAAGCUGAAUGGUAGUGUCCCUGAGUCUCUUCAGAGGUUUCCAAGGUCGGUGUUUGUUGGUAACAACGUUUCUUUUGCAAGUUUUCCACCUGAGCUUCCCCCAGUUCUUCCGCCCACCCCUAAACCAUAUCCGAAAUCUAAGAAUGGUGGGAAGCUUGGUGAGACAGCACUGUUGGGAAUUAUAGUUGCUGGUGCCGUUUUAGGCAUUGUAGCAUUUGCAUUUCUGAUACUUGUUUUCUGCUCAAGAAGAAAGAAAGAAGAUGGGCUUUCUGGAAAAUUGUCCAAGGGGGAAAUGUCACCGGAAAAGGUGAUCUCACGGAGUCAAGAUGCAAAUAAUAAACUGGUAUUCUUUGAGGGCUGCCACUACGCAUUUGAUCUGGAGGACUUAUUGAGGGCUUCAGCUGAGGUGCUUGGGAAGGGGACAUUUGGUACAGCAUAUAAGGCUAUACUAGAAGAUGCAACCAGUGUGGUGGUGAAGAGGUUGAAGGAUGUAAAUGUUGGAAAGCGGGACUUUGAGCAACAUAUGGAGGUUGUCGGCAAUAUUAGGCAUGAAAAUGUGGUUGAAUUGAAGGCGUAUUAUUAUUCCAAAGAUGAGAAGCUGAUGGUAUAUGAUUACUACAAUCAAGGGAGCAUCUCUGCGUUGUUGCACGGUAGAAGAGGUGAGGACAGAAAUCCUUUAGAUUGGGACACCCGACUGAGAAUAGCAAUUGGAGCCGCAAGGGGAAUUGCUCAUAUUCAUACAGCGAAUGGUGGGAAGCUUGUCCAUGGAAACGUCAAAGCCUCAAACAUCUUUGUAAACACGCAACAGUAUGGUUGUGUUUCUGAUGUUGGUCUGGCAACUAUAAUGAGCUCACUGGCUCCACCAAUCUCCCGUGCUGCUGGUUACCGAGCUCCAGAAGUGACAGACACCAGGAAGUCAGGACAACCUGCUGAUGUCUACAGCUUUGGGGUUGUCUUACUGGAACUCCUCACUGGAAAAUCCCCAAUCCAUACAACUGCUGGUGAUGAGAUUGUCCAUUUGGUCAGGUGGGUUCAUUCAGUUGUCCGAGAGGAGUGGACAGCGGAAGUGUUUGACAUAGAGCUGAUGAGGUAUCUAAAUAUAGAGGAGGAAAUGGUGGAGAUGUUGCAGAUAGCCAUGUCUUGUGUUGUAAGGAUGCCUGAUCAACGACCUAAGAUGCUGGAUGUAGUGAAGAUGAUAGAAAGUGUCCGUCAGGCAGAUAAUGACAAUCGACCAUCUUCUGGAAACAGAUCCGAGAGCUCAACACCACCUCCGGUGGUUGGAGCAGAAAAUCCAACUUUGCAAUGAACGAGCGCCACUUGCCAUUUUCCCCAUCCGGUGUAUUUUUAUUUCAUCUCAAAAUGUUGUUUUGGUCCGUUUAGUGAACAAAUUUGUGGUUACUUUUUUUAUUUUAUUUGUCAAGUUGAUCCAAUUUAGAUAGAAAUCUAGGUCAUUGUCAAUGUAUUAGUGGCUGGCUGUUGAUUCUCACAAUGGCAUUUCAAAUGUGCUUUGUUUAGUUUGGACAUUUAUUUGGUCAAUCUGCACAAAGUUUUUCA